AUACAGCGGGCCGCGUCGCUCGCACGUACGCGCUUAGUCAAAUUCGUGUUGUGUUCAAUGUUUUAAAACUGUUUACGAUGGAAGUAAGUGCGAUGCCGCCGAUGCCUUUGGACUUUUCAAUGGUUAGGAGUGGUGGCAGUUCGCCGACUAUGAGGGAGAGUUCGCCGAGGCCGGUGUCGAACAGCGCUUUCAGAGUUGUCACUCCGAAAGGAGUAUCAGCAAGCGAAGCGCUCAGGAGCGGUCUAUGUCAGUCUCUGUGGUCACCGGCGACGCGUCACGAAGCUCGUAUAUCCUCACCACCUCAACAAAUAGAUAGUUAUCCUGUAAGAGAAGAAAUCAAGUUCGGUAUUAACCGAUUGGUUGGUGAAAGGACCGAUGAAGAAGACAAUGAAUCACAUAACAAUGAAACUUCAAGAGCAGAAGGUGUUUCUCCUACCUCCCGUUGCGGCAGUCCAUGCUGGCCACCAUCACCCCAUUCACCAAGAUCAGUGCGCUCAACAUCUCCUGAAUUAGAAGUGGAUUCCCCUCCAUCUUCUCCUAGACGACCACCUAAUUCGUCUCCACCUUUAAAGAGAUCAGAAGCAUUUUCAGUGAGUGCAUUACUAAGACCAGAUGCACCAAGAGUACAACCACAAAGGCCUUUCAUUUAUCCACCACUACCAUUUGCUGAGUUUUUAAGAGAUGCUGGUAGUCUUGGCCUUUCUGGGUGGGGUGGAUAUAGCAAUUUAUACCUUCAUGCAGUCCAAGCGGCUGGUCCGGAACUAUUGAGAUUGCGUGCGGCUGUACUUGGUGCUCCAAGUCCUUUAUCGAGACCCUUACCCAUCGGAGAUGUUUACUCUUGCGUUAAGUGUGAGAAAAUGUUCAGUACACCGCAUGGCUUAGAGGUGCAUGCCAGAAGAUCGCACAAUGGAAAGAGACCUUUUGCAUGUGAACUGUGUAGCAAGACGUUUGGUCAUGAAAUCAGCCUCAGUCAACACAGGGCUGUCCACAGCGUAGAGAAGGUUUUCGAAUGUAAGCAAUGCGGAAAGACUUUCAAGCGAUCCAGCACACUGUCGACACAUCUUCUAAUACAUUCUGACACCAGGCCCUACCCUUGCCAGUACUGUGGCAAACGGUUCCACCAGAAAUCCGACAUGAAGAAACACACUUAUAUACAUACCGGUGAAAAACCUCACAAAUGUCAAGUGUGCGGUAAAGCGUUCAGCCAAAGUUCUAACCUCAUUACGCAUUCCCGCAAACACACCGGUUUCAAGCCGUUUGCAUGCGAACUUUGCGGACGAGCUUUUCAAAGAAAGGUCGACUUGAGACGGCAUAGAGAAACUCAACAUGCGGACUUACGGAACCCUCAGCAUAUGCAGCCGCCGCAUACGGAUGUGCAUGGCAUGCAUGCCCCUGACAUGCAUGUCGCGGAUCGGAUAGAUCUUCGUCCACCACACCCUGAUCUCCGACAACCUGACUUCAGGAUGAGUAGCGCUGUGGCCCCCCUACAACCACUUCCCUCCUGAACGUCAACCGCCUUCGCGCCCUGGCGCUGAGGCAACCUUACAGACUUGUAAAUAAGACUCAAAAUAUAAAACCUAAAUAACCAAAGACACUUGAGUGAUGAAAUAGUGAAGAAACUUUAGUAUUUAAAUAAUUAU